AUGCCUCAACAGGACUCCGUGGCUCUCACUGGGAAUCUCUGUGCCCCGGGUGCCUCAAACUCCGGAUACAACACCAACCCAGUGAUCACACAAACAGACAACCGGGACCGAUGGAGCAAAAAGAUGGAUUUCCUUUUAUCUGUCAUUGGCUUCGCGGUAGAUCUGGGAAAUGUCUGGAGAUUUCCAUACAUAUGUUAUCAAAAUGGUGGUGGUGCGUUCCUCAUCCCUUACAUCCUCAUGGCCAUCUUUGGGGGAGUGCCUCUCUUCUACAUGGAGUUGGCACUGGGACAGUUCCACAGGACGGGGGCCAUCUCCAUAUGGAAACACAUCUGCCCCAUUUUUAAAGGGAUAGGGUUUGCGAUCUGCAUCAUCGCCCUGUACGUCUCGUUCUACUACAACACCAUCAUUGCCUGGGCCCUGUUCUACUUCUAUUCGUCCUUCACCAGCACCCUGCCCUGGACCAGCUGCAAUAACCCCUGGAACACGGAGAACUGCACCAACUACUUCGCGGGCAGCGUCAAUUGGACCAACUACUCCCGCUCGCCCGCAGAGGAGUUCUACACGAGGAACGUUCUAGAGAUCCAGGACGCCGACGGGCUCCGCAACGUAGGCGGCAUUCGCUGGCAGCUCACACUCUGCCUCUUCCUCAUCUUCACCAUCGUCUACUUCAGCCUCUGGAAGGGCGUGAAGACCUCAGGGAAGGUGGUGUGGGUGACCGCGACUCUGCCCUACGUGGUGCUGCUGAUCCUGCUGGUGCGUGGGGCCACGCUCCCGGGGGCCUGGAGGGGGGUCAAGUUCUACCUGCAGCCCAAGUGGGAGAAACUUCUGGAGACCAGCGUGUGGGUAGACGCCGCCACGCAGAUCUUCUUCUCUUUAGGACCGGGCUUCGGCGUCCUUCUUGCUCUCUCCAGUUACAACUCCUUCACUAACAACUGCUACAGGGAUGCCAUAGUAACCAGUUUGGUGAACUGUUUUACCAGUAUAAUUUCUGGUUUCGUCAUCUUCACCGUGCUGGGGUAUAUGGCACAGAGACGGGGAUGCAAUGUAGAAGAUGUUGCAAAAGAUACAGGGCCGAGUUUGCUCUUCAUCACUUACCCAGAAGCCAUUGCAAAUAUGGAGGGCCAAACUUUUUUUGCCAUUUUCUUUUUCAUGAUGAUGAUCACCCUGGGACUGGACAGCACGUUCGGGGGGCUGGAGGCCAUCAUCACGGCCGUCAUGGAUGAGUAUCCAGACUAUCUGUCCCAGCGACGGGAGCUGUUUGUCCUCGUCCUUGUCGUGGUGUGCUUUAUGGGCUCUCUCAGCACCCUUACUCAUGGGGGUGCUUAUGUUGUGAAAUUGCUGGAGGAGUUUGGGGUUGGCUGCUCCAUCAUUGCUGUGGGUUUCCUGGAGGCCAUUGCUGUUUCCUGGUUCUAUGGUAUCCAGAGGUUCAGUAAUGACAUCAAGUCCAUGUUGGGUUACAGUCCUGGGUUGUUUUGGAAGGUCUGCUGGGUAGCCAUCAGCCCUGCCUUUCUGGCUUACAUUAUAGUGAGUUCACUACUCAACCCUCAGCCUCUUACCCUGUUCGACUACAAGUACCCUGGCUGGACCAUCUCAGUAGGAUAUAUGAUUGGUGCCUCUUCCUUUAUGUGGAUCCCCAUUUACAUGGUAUACAAGCUGCUUUGGACUCCUGGCUCUCUGAAGCAGCGCCUUGCAGUGUGUUUGAACCCAGAACGGACAUUACCUGAUCUCCACGCAGACGCCCUUGGCAUGGCCCCUGUCCCAUAG